GCUCCUCCUCCUCCCGGAGCAGGCGCGGCCUGCUGCCUCCUCAGAGGCUCAGAUUGAGCCGGGGCGGGGGGGUGGAGUAAGAGCGACGGCCUUUCUUGUGCCGAUGGGGGGUGUAGGCGGUGGGGCUGCCCGUCCUCUCCCCUCCAUCACCCACCGCCGUCAAUGAGAGCCGGGCUAAGAUGCGGCUGCCGCCAGGGACUGGGAGGCCGCGAUGGAGAGGGGGAGGGAGGAAGCGGCUGAAGAUGUAGGGGCAGGAGGGAGGCAACCCAAGUCUCUCAGGAUGUCGGAGAGCGGCGGGGGCCUGAAGACGGUGCGGGUCUGGAGGGAGGCGGCCCGCCGCUGCCGCAAACUCCACGGGAACUGGCGCCAGCUGAGCCAGAGCGGCCCGCGCCUCAGCCUGCCCGCCGACAUCGGCCACGUCCAGGUGCUCAACCUGGCCAACAACUCGCUGCUCGAGCUGCCCGACGGCCUCGACUCCUCCCUGUCCGAGCUGCGGGCGCUGAUCCUGCGGAGGAACCGCCUGAGGCGCCUGCCGCCCCGACUCUGCGGCCUGCCGCUGCUCGACGAGCUCGACCUGGCCCACAACCUGCUGUCGGGGCUGCCGGCCGAGCUGGGGGGCCUGGGCCGCCUCCGCCGCCUGUGCCUGAGCCACAACAAGCUGCAGCAGCUGCCGGCCGAGCUCGGCGGCCUGUCCGCCCUCGAGGAGCUCGACGUCAGCUUCAACGAGCUGCGCCAGCUGCCGGCCAGCCUGGGCCUGCUGGCCCGGCUCCGCGCCCUGGACGUCGACCACAACCGCCUGAGCCACUUCCCCCUCCAGAUCCUGCAGCUGGCCGAGCUGGAGGAGCUGGAUUUCUCCGGGAACCAGAUCCGGGCCCUGCCCCGGGACAUCCCGAGGCUGCGCUCCGUCAAGAUCCUGUGGCUGAGCAGCCUCCGCCUGUCGUGCCUGCCCGACACCUUCUGCGGACUGGCCGCCCUCGAGAGCCUCAUGCUGGACAACAACAGCCUGCGGGCGCUGCCCGAGCGCUUCGGCGAGCUCGGCCGCCUCAAGAUGAUCAACCUGUCGUCGAACCGCUUCGAGGAGUUCCCCGGCGCCCUGCUGCAGCUCACCGGCCUGGAGGAGCUCUACCUCAGCCGCAACGAGCUGUCGGUCAUCCCGGCCGGCAUCGCCGCCAUCGGCAACCUGGCCGCCCUGUGGCUCGACAACAACAAGGUGCGCUACCUGCCCGACUCCAUCGUGGAGCUCGCCCGCCUCGAGGAGCUGGUGCUGCAGGGCAACCAGAUCGCCAUCCUGCCCGACUCCUUCGGCAGGCUCUCCAGGGUCAGCCUCUGGAAGAUCAAGGACAACCCCCUGAUCCAGCCGCCCUACGAGGUCUGCAUGAAGGGCAUCCCCUACAUCGCGGCCUACCAGAAGGAGCUGGCGCUCUCGCAGCCCGCCGUCAAGCCCAGGCUCAAGUUGGUGCUGAUGGGCUCCAGAGGCGCCGGCAAGACCUCCCUCAGGCAAUGCCUGGUUGGAAACGCACCGGCUGCCCCUGCACCUCAUGCCAAGGGCAUCGAGGUGACCCAGUGGGUGGCGGAUGCUGAGAAAAACCUCACCUUUAUUGUCUACGAUUUGGCUGGGGACCAGAACUACGACCUAAUCCAGCCCUUCUUUCUCUCCCCGGGCGCGCUCUAUGUGCUGGUGGUCAGCCUGCAGGCCUAUGCCCCCCACCGGUUCUACGAACUGGUCGGGCACUUCUUGCACUUGCUCGGUGCCAGGGUCCCUCACGGGGUCGUGUGUGUGGUGGGAGCACACGUGGACCAGUGCAAUGACAAAGAGGUGGAGGAAAAAUGCCUGGACAUCCAUCACCAGAUCGCCCUCCAGGAAAAGCGAGAUGUUGAGUCCAUGCAGGCUGUGGUAGAGAAGGUGGAUGGGGCACUGGGGCAAGAGUUUGAGCUGCGAGCUGCAAGUCCACAUGCCCCCUUUUAUGGAGUCUCUGAUAAAAAUUUGAGGAGGAAGAAGGCCCAAGUGCAGUACCUGUUGAACAACCGUCUUCAGAUCCUGUCCCCAGUUAUCACAGUCAGCUGUCAGGGGGACCAUGUUGGAAUAAAUCGCUUGAAGGAGAAACUGCUUUCUGUGGCUGAACAUCGAGAGAUUUUUCCGAAUCUGCACAGAGUCUUACCUAAAUCCUGGCAAAGGUUGGAGGAACUGCAUUAUAAACCUCAAGAGCUCUGGCUUUCCUGGUGGGACUCUGCCAGGCUGGGAUUACAAGCAGGUCUUACUGAGGACCGACUCCAAAGCGCCCUGUCCUACCUGCACGAAAGUGGCAAGCUGCUGUAUUUUGAGGAUAGUCUGACUCUCAAAGAGUGUGUCUUUCAUAACUUGACCAAGCUGAUCGACAUCUUGAAUGUCUUCUUCCAGCGCGAUGCCUCAGUUCUGCUCCAGAAACUACUGGCAGAUGCCAAUAUUGAUGAGCUGAGGGCAACACAACUCCACCAUUAUGUGGAGGGAUUCCUGCUUCAUGGACUGCUUCCUCUGCAUAUUAUUCGACUGCUUCUCAAGCCACACAUCAAAACUCAACAGGAUCUUCAUUUGAUUCUGGAACUACUGGAGAAGAUGGGACUCUGUUACUGCCUCAACAAACCUAAAAUUACCCCUAUAAAUGGUGUACCCAUUUGGUUUAAAUUCCCCUGUUAUGUGAAAAAUGAAGUUCCUCAUGCAGAAGCCUGGAUUAAUGGGUCCAACCUUUCUGGACAGCAGUUAGCAAUUGAACAGCUCCAGGUGGAAUACAGUUUCCCUUUUUUGUUCCCACCAGGCCUGUUUGCCAGAUAUAGUGUACAGAUCAACACUCACAUUGUACACCGGUCAGAUGGCAAGUACCAGAUCUUUGCUUACAGGGGCAAGGUUCCAGUGGUGAUCAGUUACAGACCAACCCAAAGUAGUCUGCAACCAGACACCUUAUCGAUUGCUAGUCAUGCUUCUUUGCCAAAUAUUUGGACUGCGUGGCAAGCCAUAAUUCCUCUGAUGGAAGAACUGAAUGUACUCCUUCAGGAGUGGCCGGGGUUAUACUUCACUGUGCAUGUCCUGUGCUCUAAGUGCCUUAAAAGAGGAUCCUCAAAUCCUCACACUUUUCCAGGAACUCAGCCUCAAUCAGGAGUGAAUUAGCCAGUUACAAGUAAAGCUAAGAGAGCAGGCUGGAAGUGGAAACAAGUCAGAGACCCAGACAGAGAGAAAAGGCUGAAGGGUGUGUCAUUGUUUUCCUGGUCUUUGCAAUGGAAAAAAAAGUCAGUUUCAUCUCCGUUAUCUUAUCUGCAGCAGGUGUGACUUUAGAAUUGACAUCAAUUCUAAAGUGAAUCACUUUACUUUGUACUAUUUACAAACAAGAGGACUCUUACGGAGAAAGAUAUUUGAUCACCAAGGACCUGAUUAGCCAAAGUAGGAUCAUCUGCACAUUAGGAUCGGGCAGCAAAGAUGACUGAGCUGAUAUUUCCAUUUUUCUCUACUUACACAAAUAAUCUGUUUUUCCCCAGUCUGUUUUUGUGUGUGUGUGUGUGUGUGUGUGUGUGAAUAUAAGGGGAUUAGAAUUUUAUUUAGUAGCCCUGUAACCAAGUGCUUUGAAUUUAUUUACUUGGAGUUCAGAAGAACGAGGGGAUAUCUGAUUGAGGUGUAUAAAAUGCGAAGGUGAACAUUGAAUAGAUUUUCCCUCAUGUGGGACUGUCUCAAACAAGAGGUAAUAGAUACAGAGUAAGAGGAGGUAGGUUCAAAACUGAGAUGUAGAGAAAAAAACUACUCUCAGGUUGUCCAUCUGUGGAACUUGCUGUCCCAGAUUGAAGUGGAGUGGAAUUAAUCAAUAGAUUCAAAAAAGAAAUACGUACUUUUCUGAUGAAAAGUGAGAUUAAGGGUUAUGGAUUGCAAGCAGGAAAGUAGUGUUGAGACGAGGAUAUGAUCAGGGAUGAUCAUGUUAAAUCAUGGAGUGGGCUUGAAAGGCUGAAUUGUGUAUUCCUGCUCCUAAUUACUAUGUUCUGAUUUGGCCCAACCCCAGUGGAUCAAAGCAAAGUUGAAGAGAUAUGGAAAGACUGCAGUCAUUAUAGUAAAUCAGCAAGGACUCUAAAUGACUCAGAUUUGUCAAUUUUCUGGGUGUGGUAAAUUUGUAGUAAAUUCUGUGGCCAAUUUUCACACGAACAAACAGUGCCAAACAUUAGAGCAAGGUGAAUGAGUGAGGCUUAUUGGACCAGGUUUGAGAUGGUGCUUACAGUCCAUUUUAAAGCUGCCCCAACUUAUAUCGAAUAUUUUUAAUUAUCACUGUGAGGAUUACCUUGUGACAAUUUAAGAAGCAGAGAAGGAGUAGUUAGUUGGAGCUGUGGUGUACGUCUGUAUGAGCUUUGUGAUGCCAAUGUGAGAGUUGGAGUGGGUGGAACUGUUGAUAACUGUCAGUGCUAGUGUGCUUUUUUUAACUUGUUGCUGAGCUAGCGAUUCAGAGGUCUGGACUAACAAUCCAGGGAGCAAGACAUGCAGUUCUACCACAGCAGUUUAAAGACAAGAAUUCAGUUAUUAAAAAUCAGGAAACAAAAUGUUAGCAAAUUGGACUGUGACACUGGUAACGUGUUGGCAAGCUGAUUUGCUUUAAAGGAGGAAAUCAGUUCCUUGUACCCCAUCAGGUAUGUGAAUUUCAUUCCACUUAAACAUGGUUUACGCUAAACUGCCCUAUCAAGUAACCUGGUAAACCACUGUGUUCUAUCAAAUUUCAAAAGAAAACAGCCCAACUUCACAUUUUUGAGAAAGAUUAACAAUAGGUAAUAAAUGCUAACCUUGUCAAGGCACCCACAUAACAAACUUACCCAGCAAUUCUCUGUUAUUUCUAACUGUGACUCAAAAUUAGGUGCUGCAU